AUUGUCUUUUUCCUUUUAAUAUUUCCUAUUAGUUUAGCACCAAAGCCUGUAGCCUAAAACUUUGACAAAUAAGAAGAGGUCCAACUUUUUUAGGAUUCUGAGAAACCAAAGGAAAUUAUUCACACUCACAAGUGCAUGUAUUAGUAACCGUGUAUGUAUAUGUAAGUGUGUAUGUAUAUACUGUGUGUAAAAGGUUUAAGCUUUGUGAAAGAAGAUGGAAAUGGAGUAUUACCCACUUGGGAUAUGCUCUUAUGAAGAAUCUUUGAAGGUUCUUGAAGCUGAUAUACAACAUGCCAAUGCUUUGGCAGCUGCAAUUCCUAGAGCCACAAACGGUGCAAGAUUUCAAAUGAAACUAGUGUACAACGAGUUAGCGCCUCUUAUUAUGUUCUUGCUUCAAUGGAUUGAUUCCUCCUGCACUUGCUUGUUGCCUAGAUAUAUGAACCUUGUUCAUGUUCUUGUCUACAAGGUAUAUAAAGAUGGAAGACGGAAGAUUUCUAGACAUGGAAGGAAGGCAACAAUAAGCAGUUUUUAUGCUGUGAUACUGCCAUCUUUAAGAAGGCUACACUCUGACUUGGUGGAGCAUGAUUAUCUGCUGGUCAAAGGUUAUAGAAGAGAGAGCUCAAGAAUGAAGAUAGCGGAACAAAAGAAAUCGCAAAAUGAAGUUGGUUUCACAAAUCUUGAUUUGGAAAGGGAAAAUGAAUGUGGGAUUUGCUUUGAGCCUUGUACAAAAGUUGUAUUACCUAACUGCUGCCACGCCAUGUGUAUCAACUGCUAUCGAGACUGGAACACAAGGUCUGCGUCUUGUCCAUUUUGUCGAGGUAAUUUAAAGAGAGUAAAAUCACGAGAUUUAUGGGUUUUGAUGUGCGACGAUGAAGUCAUGGAUGCAGAUCUUGUUGCUGAUGCAGAUUUAGUGCGUUUCUAUCUCUAUAUGAAAAAUCUCCCAAAAGAUCAUCCUGACACCGUUUUCGUUAUGUAUUCUGAAUAUUUAAUGUAAUGUAAUGUAAAAUACGUUAGAGAAUUCAACUUAUACACAGACCCUUAAAAUGUAUAUAGAGUCUGGUUAUAAGGAAAUUUCUUAAACAUGAUUAUGUCGUAACAUGAUGGAUUUUAUUUGGCA